CCUUGCGCUUGCGCAGCAGGCAGCGAAACCACUGAGCUAAAUCCCCGGUCUAACCUCUAUUCUGACUCCUAGCACAGCAUUGUGCACUGCUUCGAAUCGAUAAAAGGAAGCGAUUUCCUUUGGGUCAGCAGGCUGGGGAUGAGACGCAGCGGCCUAGGAGCCCCCUCCACCCCGCGUCCCACGUGCAAAGCGGCAGCACACUCUAAAACCAGACCUGGGCAUAGCGCGACCUCAGGCUUUACCAGACGGAAGGGCGGGGGUCGCCUGCCCAGACUUAGAGCAGGAGGGUGCACCACUCAUCAGAUUUCACAACCAAGUACCUCGGAGGGAAUUUGGGGACCGAAGGAGGCAUCAUCGGAGAAUGCCGCCUCCCAGUUCCUGGAGCACGAAGAGGCCAAAGGGAUCCCUGCAGCCCCGCAGGCGGAGUGUAAAUACACACAUCUCAUUCCGCACGACGGUUGCGUCAUCGCCGAAGCCUGCGAACGCCUCCCCGCGCGGCGCGCACUUUAGCGAGGAGCCCUGGCACCGCCCCCUCCCGCGCCUGGCUCCUCCUCCUCCGAGCCCUCCACCGCCCUCGCGGGGACUCGCCGGGGGCGGGGACAGCCGCCGGCCCCUCCCCGCGGCCGCCCUCCGCGAAGUUGCUGUCUCCCCCGGGCCGGCCGGUCUUAUGAUCCGGCUGAGCCUCCCGGGGAGGCCGGGCCGCGGAGAGGGCGCGGGCGCCGGGGAAAGCGGGCGCGCGGGCGUGGGGACCGGGACCGGCGAGGGGACCCGGGCGGCAGCGACCGAGGCGGAGGCGGCGGCGGCUGCGCUCCGAGCCCGUUGCUCCCUGCCCUCCCCUCCGGCGCGCUGGGGCUGA